AUGGAUUUCAUCAAGACCAGUUCCCUGCGUGCUCUGAUUGAGUUAACUUUCCAACGCAAGUGGAACGGCCUCAUUUGGAUGAGUAGAAAAGGAGUUAUAGCCAAAAGAGUGAAGACUGUCCAGACGGCUCUAUCGAGAAUCAGCGCCAAGCCGUGCAGACCGGCUGGCCGAGGAACGAAUGUUCCGCGCUCGGCCAAAGUCCAACCGUCCGUCCAAGCUCGGCCGAUCACAUCACGACCCGGGAAACAUGUCCCGCGGUCGGCCAAGCCACAACCACUCACGACGCCGCGCACGACCAUGCCGCGCGAGCCGGGAAGCAACCCUCGCGGCCGCGCAACCCUCACGUACCACGGCCGAUGCGCCGUCCGAGCCGGGAAAGACGUCCCACGUCCGGCCGAGAAACAUCGGCCAAAUCUUCAUCCGUCCGACCACAGCCGGCCGACCACGAAACAUCCGGCCACGACCGUUCCGACCCGACGGCCAGACCCGAUGUCCGGCCGACCGUCCCGACCGACCGUCCGAACGUCCGAACGGUCGACCCGAAGCCGUUUUUGA